AUGAAAAUUUAUCAACUAUUAUUUGUUGUGACAACAAUUUAUUCACUAUCAAUAUUUGAUAAAAGAAGUUAUGUAAAUGAUCAAAUUGAAACUAAUGUACCACCAGAUCAAUUUAAUUCAUCUGGAAGAAGACAAUUGAAAACUAAACAUCAAAUAUCAUUACCAAUUUUCCAUUGGAAAUUUCCAUUACCUCCACUUCCUUUUCAAACUGUGAAAACAGAUAAGAUUUUACCACCGGUUGAUUCUGAUAAUCCAAUUAGUAUAGAUGAGAUGGACACCUCAAAUGUUUCACCGCAAUUACAAUCUAAUCAACAAUCUUAUCACGCCCUGACUAACAAUGUUGAAGCUUAUGUUGAAUUUGUGGAUGACACUAGCGUUAGAAGUUUACAGCACGAACAUGACUUGAAAGGUAUUAAUGAUAUUUUAUGGGAAUUAAUGUCUGUUGGUAGAGAUGUUACAUUAGAUAAAGUAUCAAUUUUACGUGAUAUGUUAGUUUUGUUAGAUCAAAUAAAGGAAACUUAUGGAGAGGUGAACAAUGAAGAAGAAGAAGGUGUUGACGGUAAUCAAUAUGAAGCAAAUACUGAUGAUGGUGGCUAUGAGGUUAAUGAUCAACAAACUGUAAUUUAUCAACCUGCAAAUCAACCUGUAUUUUACCCAUCCCCGAUUUAUCCUGGAAAUGCUGCUGCAAAUGGAGGUCAACAACCUUUAAACCAAUAUACUCCAGUUGGACAAUUUCCUGCUCCAAUCGGAUAUCAACCAAUAGUUCUUCAACCGGUAUCAUCCCAGACUGCUGCUGCAACUACAAGUAGUGCAGAGCUCCCUUCAACAACUACUCAUGAUCAAAUUGACGUUUGGAGAUUUGAUAAAGAUAAAACAACCAAACAACAUAAAAAGAGGGAAUUAGACUCCAAUGAACCUACUAAGAAAAGAGAAAAGUUAUCUCCAAAUGAUCUCAAAAAUAUUAAAAUGAAUGAUUGGAAAAAAUUGUUUUCAAAAUUUGGUAAAGGUAAAGGCAAAGGCAAAGGUAGAAAAUUUAGACCAAGUCGUGGAAAAGGAAGAAAUUUCCGUGAUAACAAUAACGAGAAAUUUAAAUCCGGUAAAGGUAAAAGUGAUGAUUAUGAAUCCUCAGAUUCUGAUGAUGAUGAAGAUUAUGAAUAUAGAGUCCCCAAUAAUGAAUGGGAGAAAGAAUAUAAGGAUUGGGAAAAUCAAUUUAAAAAGGAUUGGAAUAUAAAAUAUGGUAAGAAAUAUGAAAAAGAUCGUGAAGAUUUAGAGAAGUUAUUAAAAGAUCGAUUUGAACAAGAAAGAAGAUUUAGAGAAGGGAGAAAGAUUUAUGAUCCUAAAAAGUAUAAAAAUGAAUCUAAAGAGUGGAAAAAAGAUUGGUCAAACGAACUUAAGUUGAGAGAUUUGAAUUCAAAGGAAAAAUCAGAUAUUGAAGAACAAUUUGAUGAUUCAAAACAAACUGAUAGGGAAGAAGAUGUAAAACCAAAAGAAAAAUUGGAUGAAAAUUCUAUUCGUGGUGAUGAUAAAGGAAGAUAUAAAUCAGAACGAGGAGCAAUAAAGACAAAAGAAGGGGAUCGUUUAGUUUAUGAUAAAGAAGAGUAUCGUCUUGAUAAUAGUUAUGAAGCAAACUUAGGUCCUGAUUCCAAGAUUCUUAAAAAAAGAAGUGAAUAUAUUUUUCAAAACAAGAAUGUUGCCAUUCCUCCCACCAAAACUAAUGCAGGUUUUAAAAUUGAUCAACCUGGACUUGAAAGUGAUGGCGAGACAGAGGUUAGAAAAGAAGAUAAAGCUAAAAUAAAGGCGAAAUUAAAAGGAUUAUUGAAGAAGAAAGGCAAGCAGCAAAAAGUAGAAGAGCCAGAGUCAGAAGAAGAAACAGAGCCAGAAGUUAAAGGUCCAAGUACAAUAAAGUCAUCAUUCACCAAGGCGCCUUAUAUCCAUGAACCAGUGGAGGAGCCAGUUAAAACCAUUCAAAUAAUCAAAACCGUUGAAGUUGAAGUACCAGUAACUGCCACAUUUGUCAAAGAAAUUACAUAUGAAUCCGUUGUACCCAAAAAAGACGUAGAUUGUGAUGAAGAAGAUACAUUUGAAAACGAUGAUGAAAAUGAUUGCAAUUGUGUCGAGCCAGAUGGUGAAGAAGAGUACAUUAAAGAUGACAGUCUUUUCAAGCAUGCUAAUCCAAAACUCAAUGGUAGACCAUUAGCAAAUGACUUUAAGUUGGAAAAAUUAGUAAAAAAUGGUCGUUAUAGUAAAGGAAGUAUGGGUGGUAAAGCUCAAAUGGAUAAAAUUGAUAUUUUCAAAAGAUCAGUUGAACCGGAAAUCGAUAGAGAAUAUUCUGGAUAUGUGGAUGAAGAUUUUGGAAAUUAUGAGAAAUAUGGACCAAGUGAUGAAAGUUUUACUGAUAAUGAUGAAAAGAAGGAAGAGAAUAAGGAAAAUGAAAAAGUAGCUGAUGAUUUGAAAAAAAAUAAACCUUCUUUGGCAUCUAGAUUGUGGUCCAAAUGGGGUAAGAAGAAUGCAGAUCAUAAAAGCGAAGUAAAUGCUCAGUCUUUUGGUGAGAAGAAGAAGCAAAGUCUUACGACAAAAGUUGAAACUGUGGUAUCGAAAACGUAUACACAGGUAGAAUCAGGUAGUAAUGCACAAGAGACGGAAACUGCUGGUGAUGAAACAGAAGAUGAUGUUGAUAAUGAUCAAUCAAACGAGUCUGAGGAAGAGGAUCCAGACUGUCCUAGCUCUAAAAAAGCGAAGACAGCUUCAUCGAGUAUUCAUACAGUCAGAACUACUUACAAAAGUGGAUCAUAUUCAAUUUCAAAAUCAGCAUCGACAAUCUCGAAAUCAAAACCAACUUCAACAUUUAAGUCAAUUUCAAAGCCUAUAGCCACCGCGGAACCAACUUCGAGUUACACAUCCACUGAAGCUGAAAAAACAGAUACAGCGUCAGAAUCGCCUACACCCACUGGAAAACCCAAGAAGAAAAAGUGGAGGGAGCUUAGAGAAAAAUUAAAAGGAUCUGCUGGUGGUAAGUUUGGUAAAGCUGGUGAAAAGUUUAAAAAGAAAACUGGUGGAAAAUUUAAAAAGCCUACUGGUAUUAAUGUCAAAGACUUGAAGAAAAAAUUCAAAAAGAAUAAAGGUAUAACAACUGAACCAAUCACCACUAUUUAUGCUGCUAAAAGUACAUCUACUUCUUCAACUAGAACCAUCACAGAAAAGGAAACUAUUGUCAGCAAAAUCACAACAAGCAAAGUCAAAUCAUCUUCAACGGGAUCGAAAGAAGAGGUUACAACUCAAGAGGAAACAAGUUCAAAAUUGAGCAGUUCUAAAAUUAAACCAAGCAUCACUUCAACUAAAGAGCUAACUUCAUCCGUUGCAACUUCAUCAAAAAUCAAAUCUACUCCCACUAAAUCAAAAGAAGAAUCCACAUCAGAGGAGGAAGAGACAGCAUCAACUUCAUCCAAAUCUAAAAUUGAACCAACUAGUACAAAACCAGAAGAGGAAGUAAGACUGGAUGAAAAGACUUCAGUCGCUCCUCCUUCUACCAAAUCAACUACUUUAAGAACUACGAAACACUUUUCAAACGGACCAGUUAAAACAUCUGCAUCUAAGUCACCAAGUCAAAGCACACAAAAAACUUUAGAAGAAGCCCCCGAACCAACAGGUAAUUACUCUUCAGACGAGGAAGAGGAUGAUCCAGACUGUCCAAAAGAUAAAGACAAAACUGAAGUCGAUGAAGGCAAAGGUAAACGUGAUUUGAAACAUUCCUCAAUUGAUGGAAGAAAAAAGAUACAUUUACCCAGAGGUCAUUAUGAAGAUGUUGAAUUUUCAGCACAAAGUAUUAGUAUUAAUCCUAAUAACUCUCCUGACGAAUUAUUGCUCAAAAUGUUUUUAUCCUUAAAGGAUUCAGCCAUGAUAAAUCAAAUUUUGACUUUGUCAUUAAAUGAUGGAAUUGUUAGAAAGGGAUUAUUUGAUCUUACAGUUCGACUUUUGAAUGAAGGGGCGUUACCUUGGGAAGACAUUUUUGUAGCUGUUCAAUCCAGUGGGUUGCAGUUAGAUGUUAAAAAAUUGACAUUUUCAGAUUCUCAGGUUGCUCGUGUAUUAUCCAAUUUUGUUUUAGAUUUGCUUCCGGCUUUAGUUGAUGUUGGUUCAUUGAGUCGUUCUGAUGUUUUUGAAGCAGUUUCAGUUACUAAAAAGCCAUAUUUUGAUAAAGAAGUAAUAUUUGAUGGACCCAAACCACUGAAUCAGAAAGUGUCUAAUGAUAAAUUUGACAUGAUAUUUCAGUCACCAAAGUUUAAUAAAGGUUUUAGACCUCCUCCAAUUAUUAGACCUUUACCAAUUCCAAUAAAUGAUAUUUCACGUGGUCGUCAAGAAACAAGUCAUGUCAAAACCGAAAAGGGAAGUCAUGAAGAACAUCAUUACGUGAGAUUUAAAAAUGCCACGGUUGAUCAUACUAUGAAUAAUCAUGAAACUAAGAAUAAGGAUUAUGAAAAAAACUUUUUUGAAAGAAAACUUGACGGUUUAGACCAUACACAAAAACAUCACGAACAUGACAAUAAAGAUCAUAAAAAACUGCAUCACGAACAAUUUAGAAAAGGAGAGGAAGUUCAUGAAUGUGAAGGUGAAGAGAAAAAAAUUGAUCAACAUAAAGAAGAUUAUUUAAAAGAGGAACUCCGUAAUGGUGAAACUCAAGAGGAGCAUCAUGAAAGUCAAAUCAGUGAAUUGAAGAAAGAGAAGCACGAUCAAGAUUUUAAAUUAAAUGAUAAAAAUUUAGAAGCAACGAAAGUUAAGAGAUAUGAACUUAAUGAACAUCAAGAAGAAAUUCAUAAAGUAGUCAAAGGAAAUCAUGAGUACGAGCUCAAGGAAAUAAAUGAUUUUGGAGAUCAACAUCACAAAACUCAUGUUCAUAAUAAAGACAAUUUUGAUAUCAAAAAGGAUUUAUUUGAGAAAGGGUAUCACGAAAAAGACAAUUUACACGAUAAUAGAAUACAUCACAAGGACGAGCAUGAUCAUGAUAAAAGCUUUAAGGGAGUAGAUCAUCAUGAAGUGCAUGUCGAAGGUGAAACCCGUAAAGAAAAAGAAUUACAUCAAGCUGAUGAUAAUGACGUUGAGAAAGAAGUUCAUGAAGACUACAAACAAGUACUUGAUCACGUCGAUGACGAAAAGGAUUUGAAGAAGAAUGAAAAAAGAGAUGAGACUAAUAAUUUUGAGGAUUCAAUCAAUUUAGAAAAUUUUAAAAUAAAUGAGCUUAAUAGUGACGAAAUUCAUGAAUUUGAAGUACUUGGGGAUGAUGAUAUAGCUACAGAUUUAAAAAUUCUUUCUGUUAUUCAAAAUAUUGAAAAGGAUGAAAUAGGUAAUGAGAACGACUUAAAUGAAUUUGUUGAGUACAAAAAGAAAAAGAAAAUGGACAAAGAGUCUUUUCGAGAAGUCAAUCAAGAUAAAAAUUUUGAAAAUGCUAUUGAAAGCGAUCAUCAAAAAGAUUACGAAGGUCAAAAUAGUAAGAGUGAAAACGGAAAAAGACACGAAGUGGAAAAAUACCAGGAAGAUUUUCAUAAAAACGUCACCGAACAUCACCAAUUUGACUUACAUGAGGAAUUUGACGAUGAUUUGAAUCACCAUGGUAAGGAUCAACACAGAGACGAUAGUUAUGGAUUAAGUAGAGAUGGGCAUUCAUUAGACCAUCAUGAUAAGGAUCAUAACAAAGAUGGAGACUAUUCCAAAGACUUGCAUGAAUUUGAUGAAUAUGUGAAAGAGAAGGAUCAUCAUCAAGAUUUUUACCAUGAAUUUGAUCAUGACAAAGAGGAUAAAAAGAACAAAAUCGAUAAAAGACAUGAAGUUGAGCGAUAUGAAGAAGACUAUCACAACAAUGUGAGUGAAAACCAUCGUUACGAUUUACAUGAAAAAGAUGACAAUGACCAUAAGUAUCACGAUAAAGACGAACAUAGAGAUGAUCAUUUUGGUGUAGAUAAGGAGGGACACUCAAUUGAUCACUAUGAGAAAAAUUUUAAAGAUGGGGCUGAUACAGAACAAACUAUUCAUGAAUUUGAUGAGUAUUUGAAGGAAGACAAUCAUCAUAAAGAUUACUAUCACGAAGUUGAUCAUGAAAAAGAUAAGGAGAAAAAUGAAGAUAAGAAGUCAUUUGCUAAAAGACAUGAGUCUGAGAAAUUUGAAGAAGAUUUUCAUCAAAACGUCACUGAACGUCACCAAUUUGAUUUACAUGAAGACUUUGAUGAUGGGUGGAAUAAUCAUGGAAAGAAUGAACAUAAGGAUGACGAAUAUGGAUUUAGUAGAGAUGGCCGGACUUUUGAUUUUCAUAAUCAUGACAAAGAUAAAGAAUACGAUGGAGACUCUCUGAAAGAUUUGCAUGAAUUAGAUGAAUAUAUAAAGGAAAAAGAGCAUCAUAAGGAUUAUUACCAUGAAUUUGAUCAUGAUAGAGACGAUGUUGAACAUGAAAAUUAUGAAAGAAAAAAGGGUUGGAAAGGAUCUGAUUUCAUUAAGAGAGAUAUUUUUCAGCAACAAGUUCAACCUCCCAUUGACUUGAAUAAUAAUUUUGAACAUGAUCAAAUUCUCAAAGAUAAGGAACUUCAUGAUAAAAACUCAUUUUUUAAAGAAAAAGAUAAGGAUCAAUAUGCAAAAGAUCGUACCUAUGGAGGUGAACGUCAUUUGAAAGAACAUUAUUCAAAAGAACACCAUGAGAAAGAAAAACAUGAAACGGGUCCAGGAACUGAACAUCAUGAAAAAGAGAAACAUGACAAAGAAGAACAUGAGAAAGAACAUCAUGAAAAAGGACCUCAAGAGCAUGAAAAAUUUUUAAAGGAACAUGGAAAACAAGACGAUAAAGUUGAUUAUGACUUGAAGUCCAAAGUUCAAGAAAUUCAUCAAAAUUUACCAUAUGUUCCUGAGCCUCAAGUUGUUCCUCCUCCUGCUGCACCUGUUCCUCCUCCUGCUGCUGCUGUACCACCCCCACCAGCUAUUGUUCCCGGUCCAAAGCCAGAGCAACUACCUCCUCCAGCAAACAUUAUUCCCGGUUGA